ACCGUCAAAAAUGUAAAUGUCAAAGUAACAACAAUGAACAUUUAAAAUACGCUGUAAAAUCGAAUUUAAAUUAAUAAGUGUGAGCUUACUAACAAACUAUGAAAAGUAAAAGCCAAAGCGACCAAAUUUUUAACAUUUAUGUAAAAUCAUGAGGGUCUCCAAAGGAACAAUAAUAGUUUUAGUAUCAAUGCUGCUGAUAUCAAUUUUUCUCGCAAACGUGGUAAAUUUACUGAGUACUGAAGGCAUGUCGCAGAAAACCCCAACCAGAGACAAGUUUCUGCGGAUCACCGACAGCAGCGACCACUUGUUGUGGUUUCUACAGAUCUCCGACUUACACAUAAGCGCUUUCCAAGACCCUUUCCGCAUCAUCGACUUAAAAAAUUUCUGCUCGCGCACUCUGGACGUGAUACAACCCCGAGUGGUUAUAGCUUCGGGGGACUUAACCGACGCGAAAACUGCAGACAAUAUUGGGUCCCAGCAGUUCGAGAAGGAGUGGCAAUAUUACAAGAAUGUACUGAACGAGUGUCAGGUGCGGCAGAAAACCGUCUGGCUGGAUAUUAGGGGAAACCACGAUAAUUUUAACGUCGCCGGCUCAAGCUCGAAACACAAUUUCUUCGUGAAUUACUCAAUGCAAGGGCGGGCCAACCCGCGCUCGUACUUAUACAAAUUCUCAAAGGGCUCGGAUGUCUACUCGUUUAUAGGGAUCGAUGCGUGUUUGGAUCCCGGCCCCCGGCGUCCGUUUAAUUUUAUAGGAAAAAUCGACCAGAGCGAAAUUGAUGAAAUUCAGGACUUGAUUGCACAGACGGUGUCCAGCGGGAGCAACUACACGAUUUGGUUCGGCCAUUUCCCGACUUCUUGUAUUCUUAGUACUGGGGAUAUGGGGGUGCGGAGCUUGAUACGGUCGGACCCCAAUGCGGUGGCGUAUUUGUGUGGGCAUUUGCAUAGGCUGGGGGGGCUAGUCCCGAGGAUGUAUACUUUGCAGAGGGCGGGUUUCCUCGAGUUGGAACUGGGGGAUUGGAAAGACAACAGAAUAUACCGCUUGUUGGUAAUUGAUCAUGGGAUGUUGUCGUUUGUGGAUGUGCCGCACGGACAAUGGCCUGUGGGGGUUAUUACUAACCCUAAACAUGCGCUGUUUGUCAAUUCGGCCAAGGAAAAUUUGCAGAGUGUGCGGGAGUCCACGCAUAUACGAGUAAUAGCCUUCUCUCUGGCCAGAGUCGACUUUGUUAAGGUCCGCAUUGACGGCGGAGACUGGAUCGAACUAGAGAACGUGAGGGGCCCCCUUUUCGUGCAAGAGUGGGACCCGAGUGCCUACCUUUCAGGCCUCCACACCAUCGACUUACACAUCAAAGAUAUCCACGACCGCGAAAACUUCUAUAGUCAGCCGUUCGUCCUAGACGAAACUCGCUUGUCUUUCGGUUUACUGUCCCGACUCGCCCUCAUGACUGACGCUAGUACAAUCUUCCGCCUUAUGUUCGCAGUGACUCUAUUCAUGUGUAUCUUCCCGCUCAUCGUCCUACGACUCUUACACAGGUUGUAUGAAGCAAAAAAAUGGUCCCCACCCCGACUUAGAGGCAACUGUUGCCGGUUGUGGCUGCGCAAACUCUGGAUCCUAGCCACGGUGGAUCGUAUUUUCUGGCCUGUGGUCUUGUACCCCUUGUACUUAUGUUGCGGCCCGUGGUCGAUCGGCUACCUGGUGGAGGACCAUCUGGGUGUCAUUUUCGCUUGGGGGAUUUUCGUGAACGGGUCGUACUUGCCGGGCUCUUUCACCUACGCUUAUGGGUUCAUCCAGUUGGUUACAUUCCAAGUACCACUAACCUUCAUUCUGGCGCACGGAGUCGACCACAACUUUCAGUACCGAAUACUCAACACGCAGAAAAGAAAAACCAUUUGUGGACAUAUCGGGUUGCAUUUACCGUUUUUGUUGAUUUUUGGUAUACAGGUGCAGAUGGCGUACUUGUUCUGGUUGGCUUAUGGUACUUUGGCUUUCAUUCUGGGGCCGCUGCGGACGUGGUCGCUGGUUCUGGCGGCGGUGUUGUGGUACAACGCCAUUUAUCUUCCGGAAAAAUGCACAAGGAAAGCUGCUCACUUGUUCCAAGUCGUGCCGGUGAGUGAAGAGUACGGUCCGAGUGGCAGUGCUGACGUCGGAAAACACUAGAUUUAGGGAUUUUUGUGUCACCAAAUGUCAAUCUGUUUAAAUUUACAGGUGUGUGCAAUAACUGUACACCGAGGUGUACGGCUCAUGUGAUAGUUUUUGUUAGUAUUAUUGUACUUUUAUUAGGUUCCUUACUUCCAUUCCCAGGGUCGUGUGACGUACGUAGUGACGUAAAGUAUUUUUAUAUUCCUGUUCCUAUGAAACUUUAUUUGUGGUGUACUUUUUAUUUAAGCAGUGUACCGUUAACGUCUUCAAUAAAGAAAUUCUAUCGCAA